AAACCCAAUAAAAAUUUUAGCAGUUGGACGUCAACAAAGUUUCUUGGAGCAUGAAGAUGGAAGAAAUUAUUUUGUACGUCUUUGGUUUAGCAUUAUGAUUCAAGUGAACAGAUUAACCCAUGCUAGUAUACAUGUCUGCAUUCACUAAAAAACCGAACCAACCAACUAGCUGUUGUUAAUGGCAGUUUUGGAGCUAGGUAGCUAGUAUUUGAAAGCAAAAUUAAGGAGACCGUGCAACAAGUAGCGUCCUCAUUCACACAACACCUUUAACGCGGUGUUGGAGUUAUGCAUUUCUUUGACAUAUACCGCCACGGCAAUGAGGCGGAGCAGAGCACUGGCAGGCUGAGAGAAAGACUACUGAUGAACUGUGAGCAAACAAUUAUAGACGUGUCCGUUGAAACUCCAGGUGCAGUGGAACAGAGCAAUGACAGGCUAAGAAAAAGACUACUACUGAACUCUGAGCAAACAAAUAUAGACGUGUCCAUUGAAACUCCAGGUGCAGUGGAACAGAGCACCGACAGGCCGAGAGAAAGACUACUACUGAUCUCUGAGCAAACAAACAUAGACGUUUCCGUUGAAACUCCAGGUGCAGUAGCCACAGCGCUGGAGAAGCUUGAUCACAUUCUGACUCAAAAUUUAAUUACCCUGGAAGAUGUAAUCAAGAGGGUAGGAUAUGUGAGAGACGACCUCCUUGGCGACACGCAAAAUAUUAUCUUGUCUUCUAAUUUAAGUUCAACAGCAGGGGAGUUGAGUCAGAGAGAAAAGUUGUGGCUGGAAGAGGUAAAGGAUGUUUGUGAUUACACGGUUGGUGUUGCUGAAAAAUUCAUUGCAAGAACAGAAAGACGGUUAAGCAUGGGGAGGCUUUGGAAGGUCUUUUAUCUUUAUGGGCAAUAUGCUUCCGAGCAAGAAUUUUCCAAGCAGAUGGAGUAUAUCAGCACUCAGUUUGGAGAUGCACUUUACAGAAGGUGGAUUUUCGGAGAUAGAGGGGACAAAAUAGGAUCAAGAUCAAGACCUGUUGCAUUUCCAAGCUUUAGCCCACCCGCUAACCUUUUUACAGUUAUUGCCAGGACUGUGUCUUUGUGGAGGUCUUUGGACGAGAAUUUGAAGACAAGCCAAAGAUAUUUAGCUCUAAUGAGUGCGCUUUUCAGUGAUAUUGGAAGCGCGGACGAAGGCCUGAACCAGAGACAGAAAGUGUGGGUGAAUCAAUUAAAACUCGUGGCUCGGAAGGGAGAGUCUCUUGUUGCUGCGUAUCCAAAGGAUGGGUUUCCCUUUUCCGUCAGCAGAUACAGAUAUGCCAAGAACAUCAACCGCUUGUUGAAUGAAAUUAUUCAUAUCUCAGACAGGAAGAACAUCUAUGACAUUGCAAAUAUACAAGGCGGGAAACAGAAUGAAAGCAUUGCUGAAGACAAUCACAAUUCUCCCGAUUCCAUUUGCUACCGGGAUACCACAGAGCUCGAUACUGGCGAAAAGCAAUUGAUGGAUGCACUGUUACUUGAUGUAAAACAGAGUGGAUAUGAAGACAAUCACAAUUCUCCCGAUUCCAUUUGCUACCGGGAUACCACAGAGCUCGAUACUGGCGAAAAGCAAUUGAUGGAUGCACUGUUACUUGAUGUAAAACAGAGUGGAUAUGAAGACAAUCACAAUUCUCCCGAUUCCAUUUGCUACCGGGAUACCACAGAGCUCGAUUGGGAACUGGAUUUAAUCACUGGCGAAAAGCAAUUGAUGGAUGCACUGUUACUUGAUGUAAAACGGAUUGGAUAUGAAGACCUAGAUGGAAGAUACAAAAUCUGGGUGAACCAAAUCAAAGGUAUUGCCCGUGAAACGAAAGCUGUCAUUGAUGAGAGCGGUGGCCGUGAAUUGGAUCGUAAGCCAAUGCUAAACAGGAUUAGACAGAAAAUUAAAGAUGCCUCCAGAAGUAGAAAAGCACAUUAUGGUUUGGUUCAAUGUGAAUCCGGAGCUGAGUCAUUACGUCCAAGGACACAACCAUUUUUCAACGAAAACGUGAAGGUUUUGAUGGCCCAGUUACUUUCGGAUGAGAAAUUUCGCUGCAUUACUUCAAUAGUUGGAAUUAAAGGCACGGGUAAGACAAAACUAGCCAAAAUGAUACUUAGAAACGAAGCUGUCAUUAAUCAUUUUGAUUAUAGAAUCUUUGUGCCUCCAAGUUAUGCAACAGUUGAACAGAUUAAAGAAUACAUAGCCAAGAAGGCUGCAGAAAUUAUUAAGGGAGACAAACAAAACGCACUCGCAACCUUGGCGAGUAAAAAACAUCUCAUAGUUAUUGAUGGCAUAGAAACUCCUCAUGUCUUGGAUACCUUGAUAGAGAUCAUACCUGACAUGUUAACAGCAAGCAGAUUUCUUCUUACCACUCACAAUGCAAAUGUAGCCCAACAAGCAGGUAUGAGAUCCUUUGUUCACCCUUUACAGUUACUAGACGAUGAAAACAGUUGGACUCUGUUCACAACAGAUUUGAAGGUGAACAUUCCCCUAGAAUCAAAACUGUCCGAGACUGGGAAAAAAAUUGUGGCUAAAUGUGGUGGCCUGCCAUUGGAAAUAAGAAAAACGAGGAGUUUGCUUUCUGGCAAAGAUGUGACACAAGAGGACUGGUCAAGCGUGCUAAAGCAUCCCAAUCUUCCAUUGGAAAUAUUAAAAAUAAGCAAAUUGUUUUCGAGGAAAGAUGUAACAGAAGAAAAGAAGUGGUCCAGCGUGCUCAAACAUCCCGGCCUUCCAUCAGAAAUAUUAAAAAUAAUCAAAUUGCUUCGAAGGAAAGAUUUGACAGAAGAGGAGUGGCCAAGCGUGCGUCAAAACCCUUGGUCUGACACACUUAACACGAUCAACAUCAACUUACCUUCACAUCUGAGGCGAUGCUUAUUUUAUUUUGAGCUAUUCCCUGCUAAUUUUGGGAUUGCUGCAAGAAGAUUAGUUGCUUUGUGGGUUGCAGAGGGUCUAGUGCAUCAUGGGGAAGACCAAGAGCCACCAGAGCAAGUUGCAGAAAGGUAUUUAAAAGAGUUGAUAGAUCUGAACUUGGUUCAAAUUGCCAAGAGCAAGCCCAAUGGCACUGUCAAAACAUGUCGUCUCCCUCAUGCUUUGCACGAUUUGUUGUUGAGAAAGCCUGAAGAUGCUAGAUUUCCUCAAGUAUAUACCAGCAAAGAGUUGAUUGCAAACCAAAAAUAUCCCGAAAUACGCGAGGUGGCUGAUCGUCUUGAUGAAAAUCAUAACUGGCACCAACAUAUUCAUGGUAACAUUACCAAUGAUUCACCUCAAGUGGGAACCUACUACAAGGGUGUUCACUCCUUCCUGUCCUUUGAUUUUCGAGAAGGAAGUAGACCAGGCCAAGAAUUAUGUAACUUUCUGAACCUGUGUAUUUCAAGCAACUGUCUUCUACUAUUGCGGGUGCUUGAUCUUGAAGGCGUUUACAAGCCCAAGUUGCCCGAAAGCAUUGAAAGACUUACUCGGUUGAGGUAUCUUGGCUUAAGAUGGACUUAUUUAGAGUCACUUCCAUCAUCUAUAAGCAGCUUGCUGCAACUCCAGACUCUUGAUCUGAAACAUACUUACAUACACACUCUAACCAGCUCCAUCUGGAACAUGAAACUGAGACAUCUCUUCUUGAGUGAGACUUACCGGACCAGAUUUCCAUCCAAACCAAAAGGUACAGGUAAUUCUCUAUCUGACGUCCAAACAAUGUGGGGUCUUUUCGUAGAUGAAGAGACUCCGGUGAAGGGUGGUCUGGACCAAUUGGUCAAUAUCACAAAACUGGGAAUAGCAUGCCAAUCAAUGUCACUACAGCAAGAGGUAAUGGAAUCACAACUUGAUGCAGUAGCUGACUGGAUUGUGAAACUAGAAUACCUUCAAUCACUGAGGCUUAAAUCAAGAAAUGAAGAAGGUCAACCUUGGAAAAUAAACUUGAAGUCUUUGAAAAAACACAAUAAUCUCACUGACAUGUAUUUGCUGGGAAGCUUGACAAACGCAUCUGUUCUGUUCCCCGAAAGCCUUGUUGAGCUUACCCUGUCACAUUCCAAACUAGAGAACGACCCAAUGAAAAUUUUGAAAGAUCUUCCAAACCUUCGAUCAUUGUCUUUGCUUGCAGAAUCCUACGAGGGGGAAAAAAUGAUCUGCAAAUCUAAAAGUUUUCCUCAGCUUUAUGUCUUGAAAGUUUGGAAUUUGAAGCAAUUAAAGAAUUGGUUGAUAAAGCAACAAGCACUCCCCUCUCUCAGACAACUGGAAAUCCGAUCAUGUCCUGGCUUGACAAAUCUUCCUUUUGGACUGUGGCAUGUUAAAAGUCUCCUUGAGUUGACACUGACAAACAUGUCAAAGGAAAUCAAUAUUGGCAUAUAUCGCCUUCCGGACAAUUGUAAAGUCCGCAGAGAUAAUUCUCAGUAGAACAUCAUUAAUUGCAUGUGAGCAACAGUUUGUCAACAGCUUGUGGCUAAAGGAAGCCUUACAGACGUCACUGAAGCUAACAUUGAAGGUAAGAUUGGUUCUUCAUCCAAAUAUACGAAAUUGAAAAUUUGUUUCUUGAAAUAAUUUGUAUUGGGACAUGUAAUUAUAUUAGUGACAGCUGAAAUUUAUACUAUAAAGGUAUGUUUGGUUCUUUGUUGAAGGCUACGAAAGAAAAAUUGUUUCUUGAAAGAAGUUGUAUUGCAACUUGUAUUUUCCUUGAUUGUGUUGUGUAAUGCAAAUCCUGAUUGAGGGUGUUAUUGUGAGUACGGGUGACAAAAAUGACUGAAUUUGUUAUA